AUGGAGCUCUGUACUCGAACCUUCACAAACUCUCUCCUUUUCAACCCUUCGUUCUCUCUUUCUUCUUUAAAUUCUCUUCUUCGUUUCAACACUUCUCUUAAACCCUUCAAAUUCAACCUCUCAUCUUUCACUUCUCACAUUCAACAACCCUCUCUCUAUCAUCGAACUUCUUCCCCUUUCGCUAUCUCCGCUUCUUCCUCUUCCCCUUCUUCAGUCUCAUUCGACUCUGAAAAUGACCGUCUUCCUGCUAAAUUGAAGGUCACACUAACAGAGGAAUCCAAUUCCAGAGUUAGAUUGCAUGUGGAAGUGCCACCAUCGGUAUGCAAGGAUUGUUACAAAGGGAUUCUAGUUGAGUUUACGAAGCAUGCAAAGAUACCUGGAUUUCGUCCUGGACGUAAGGUCCCGGAAAGUAUUCUUAUUAAUUAUGUGGGGAGUAAAAAUAUUCGAAAGGCUACGAUUGAAGCUAUAUUGAGGAGGACAAUUUCAGACGCUGUAACAUCGGUUUCUGGAAGGGCUUUGCGGGAUUCUGUAGGUAUAGCCACUAAGUUUUCUGAGAUGGAGGAAACAUUUUCUUCUCUCGGAUUUCUUAGAUAUGAAGUCAUUGUUGAUGUUGCACCAGAAAUUAAAUGGAUUUCUGAUGGUGCAUACAAAAAUGUGAAGGUGGUUGUUAAGAUAGACAGUGAUAUAGAUGCUCACAUAGCAUCUGAAAGAGAAUUUAAAAGGCGUUACAAGUCUACCGGUGUACUGAAAGUUGUUACUGAUAGAGGACUACAGGUUGGGGAUGUAGCUAUACUUGACAUCUCAGCAACAACCAUUGAUAAGGAUGAAACAAAUAUCAAAAGUAUUCCUUCUGCUGAAACUAAAGGAAUUAGUUUUGAUACAGAGGAGAGUGAUCCAUUAAUACCAGGUUUCCUUGAUUCUAUAAUUGGAAUCGGUCGAGGCAAAACAAAUUCAUUUCCCCUUGUUUUUCCCGAAACAUGGAGGCAGGAAGACCUCCAGGGUGUUCAUGCUCAGUUUACAGUUGAGUGCAAAGAACUUUUUUACAGAGAUUUACCAGAGCUGAAUGAUUCAAUUGCUGAUAAACUUGUCUCUGGAUGCACCACAGUGGAACAGGUCAAAGAAUUACUGUUACAGAGAUGUCAAGAGAUAGAACAAACAGCUAGGGAACAAGCAACUGAUAAUGCUAUAUUAGAACAGAUUUCUAAGAUGGUAGAAAUUGAUAUACCUCAAUCCUUGUUUGAGGAACAAGGUAGACAGUUUUAUGGAGCCAACCUAUUAGAAAUGCAGACAAAAGUAAAACUAACUAAGGAGCAGCUGGCUUCUCUAUCAAGUCCAAAGGCUGUGAACGAAUAUCUUGAGCAUCAUAAAGAAAAUAUAACAAAUAAAAUCAAACAGAGCCUGGCAGUAGGUGACAUAUAUAGGCGAGAAAAUAUGGAGAUCCCUAUUGAAGACAUCGUCAAAGAGGUUGAGCAUUCUAUUGCUGAAUUCAAACGUGAAAAAAAAGAGUAUGAUGAGGAACGAGUAAAGGAUCAGGUUCAAGAAAUACUAGAAGGAGCUAAGGUGCUUGAAUGGCUGAGAGAAAAUGCAGACAUUCAGUAUAUAACAGUAUGA